CUACCACUGCCCCAGGGACGAAGCCUAUCUCUAUGUCUCAGGACAACACACCAUGCAUCUCAUUCAGCUCAACCGUGAGUGUCUCCUUCACCUUUUCUCCUUCCUGGACAAGGACAGUCGGAAGAGUUUGUCCCUCACCUGUCAUCAGCUGCGUGAGGUCUUCCUGGACCCCUGUCUCUGGAAUCUACUCCACUUCAGCUCCCCUUGUCAGCUCAGGAAGGACAACUUUGUGCUGGGACCCUCGUUGCGUUACUUAACUAUUAGUUGGUACUCCAGCAUGGUCCUGAAAGUGUGCAACAUCGAGGACUGGUUGAAGAGCUCGUUUCAGAAGAACAUCUGCAGUAAACACGAAAGCCUGGUCAGCACGUUCCUGGCACAUGUCUGCUAUAUGUGCCCCAACUUGCUGUCGCUAACCAUGUCUGGCUGUGGACACAUCACUGACCGGGAUGUGAUUUCUGUGCUGCAGUGCUGCAGGAAGCUACGCUACCUCCACCUGGAGAACUGCGUCCGCAUUACUGACUGCAGCCUGGAGGGCGUGGUGGCUCACGGAGACAAUCUGGAGGAGGUGAAGGUGGACUUUUGUAGGAAUAUCACUCAGGCAGGGCUGCAGCACUGUAAGGAGAUGAAGCCAGCCCUUCAACUGACUGCUGAGAGGAGCGCUGACUUGAUCCCCGACAGCAAGCCUGAGGAGAGGGUACCAAUCAGGAGGACACUGCAGAAGGUCCUGCAGAAUUCCUGAUGGUAGCGGCUCACCUCCACACUAACCGGGACCAUAAAGGAGCAUUCCUGUAACUUACUGUUUAAUGACUCUACUGUGAUGUUUUGUAUGAUUUGUAUUUAAUUUCACUUUAAAUUUUCUAUAAAUUUCUUUUAAAUCUUGAAGAAAUAGUUUGACAUUUUUGGAAAAACGUGUAGUAAAGAUGAAGAUGCCACCAAGAGCUACACAAACUAGAAACAGGAGGGAGCAGAUCGAUUCUAUCAAAAGGUUAAAAAAAAAGACAUUUAGCAACUGCAGAAACACAAACUGUUUUCACACCGCAGCCCUGAACUUUUGUUGAUUUUGAGAAUGUGACAACACAAAUGGAUAGACAUAGCUGGACUAGACACAAAACAAUCUUUGACCUGCCAGCUCGCUUGUACAAAGUCUGUGCAACGUUCGAUUGGGUCAGUCUGUGCCCGUGUGAGAGCAGCUGCAGGUAUCAGUCCCGUGUAUCCAUGGCCUUUGCUCUGCUCUCUGCACUCUGCUCUCUCUAUCCAGAUAGUUCACCUGCCAAACACGCUAAACCGAACACAGUAGUGUCUGAGGCAAUCUCAAGCUAUGUCCCAAGUUGUUUUCCUGACAUUGUCCAGAGUUCCCAUGUGUCAAAUAAUGACAAAAUGACAAAAUUUGAGUUUGCAUAGGGGGUCACGUGACCUGUCUCUUGGCCAGGACUAGUUGACAGGCAACAAAUGGAAACUUCAGGAAGUUUCUUCUUCCAGCAAAGUAGCUGCUGUCACACUGAAUGACAGAUCUUCUUUUGCCUUGUCUUAUUUCCAGCACAGGCAUAGGAGUGUAAUCAAUCAUCUCUGUGUAUCUCCAAAUGAUUGAAUAGUCAUUUUCCCUAAAUGUCAAACUAUUCCUUUAAUAGCAUUUGAUGGUUUGAUUACAUUUUUUACAACCACUCCAGCAUUAAAAAGUAAAAUACAUUAAAA